AGAGUCUUUCAGACCGAGGAGAAGGAGGAACAAAAAAAACAAUGGUUGUAUUACCAGUUUUGUUCCUAUUGGGGUCGCUGUUUCACUGUGGUAGUGCAGAGGACGGGCAGACCAUCGGUGAACUGCUUAAAAAUGAUGCACUCAGUUGGGAGGGACCUAUGACCUGCAAACAGUGGGACUGCGAAUGUGCCUAUACUCGCCAGCGCGGCUGCUGCUGUGCAGCCAACGACAUGUUCCAGUUAGAGGAUGAUAUUUUCAAAAGGAUUCAUUACUUGUGGCACAAUAUCAGCACACUGAAGUACAGAGUGCAUGACUACACAGAUGGCGUCCAGAUCGCCUUCAAAGCCAUCAUGGAUCCAAGUGUUGCCACAAUGACUCCUGGAACUACUGACUCUGAUCCGUGCUUUGGUCCUUUUAAUACUAAUGUGCCAAUCCCCUACAGCAAUGUCGCUCUUAACCACUACCACGGAUAUAACCCUUCCAUGGGUGUCUUCACUGCCCCAUAUGCCGGUGUUUAUGUCUUUUCCAUCACCGUCUACUCAUACGUGAAGGAGAGAAACCUCCUCUACCAUAAAGUCCAGCUGAUGAGGAAUGGGGUGGCGAUGAGCAGCGUGUGGGAGAACAAUCGAGAAGAUUUUGAAGACAACGCCGUUCAGGAGACUGUAAUGGAGCUGCAGAAAGGCGAUCAGGUCUAUGCUGAGCUGAUGUCUGGGAGGAAGCUCUGUAGAUACGUGCAGUACAAUAUCUUUACCGGUUACAUACUGUACCCCUACCCCUACCAUGAGGAGUAUGACUAUGAAUACGAGUAUGAGUAUUAAACUUUCAGACUGCAGCAUAUUAAAUAAAUCCAUUUAUCUUCGCUCAACUCAGAUCCUGAUUCAUGACAACAAACUAGUGUUCUCUGUCACAUGCUAACCCACCAGAAGUAGGUUUGUGACCCACCGUGGGACAAACCUGUAGAUUAACCCCUGCAAUAGAGAGAAACAUGAUAAGUUGCACACACGUAGACUGGUGCAUGUGUAUGCAGGCACUUGUGAUUAAACACAAAGACGUGCACACUUAUACUUUUGCAAGCAUGUUUGGAAAUAUCCACAUUAUUAAAAUAUUAUAUAUAUAUAUAUGAGCAUGCAUGUGAAUAAACUACCAUGACUACAAUGGCAGUCUGUGUACAGAGGAAUUGUGACAUUGUUUUGAUUUGGAAAUAAUAAAAGUUUAUUUGACA